AUGACGCUGCCGCCGCCCGCGCGCCCCGCGCACUACCCCGCCGCGCAUCGCGCAAUGCGCUAUUACCGCAUCUGGAUCUACGCGUGCAACGGGGCACUGCUGCUAGGGGCGCUCGCGUUUUGUGCAGCAGCGGGCCGCGCGCUCGCAGAUUAUCGUCGCGCACUAGUGCCGGGACUAGGCGCUGCACAGCCUGGUUUUCUUUACGGAUACGCAGCGUUACCCGCGCAAGCUGGCCUUCUGCAACUUUUGGGUUGCUUGGCUGCUCUGCGACUUUCAGAACGUAUGCUGAACGCCUACUGGCUUGCCCUGCUAGCACUCCUCGUUGGGGACGUUGCGAUUGGUGUUUACUGGGCAUUUAGAUUUGAAAGAGUUUGCCGUGAGUUACGACCUCAACUACGCAUCCGGCUUGCAAGGGACUACGACUUAGACGCAGACUUUGCAGAAGCUUGGGACCGAUUACAAAGAGAACAACGUUGUUGCGGAGUUACAGGUCCGGCAGACUUUACAGCAUUUAAUCGAACCACAUUACCGCCUAGUUGCUGUCGAAUACCCGCUCAUACUCCCGCUGUUACUCCGGCCACAUUAGCUACCACCUCUGUCACGUCGACUGUACCAUUCACACCGGUGCACUGUGUGCCACACACAGCCGCUUGUGCUGAACGAUUGCUUUCUUGGUUACGAAGAACUACGGAUGCGUUAUUUGUUUUAGGAUAUUGCGUUAUAGCAUUUUUAAAAUUGUGCUUCCUUGGAAUAUUGCGCUACGAAAUAAAAGAGAUGAUACAAAAAAUCAGAAUAUUACGCAGUGAGCUCGGUGCGGGUGAGUUUUUAGAAGGAAGUCCGAUGCAUGGAGGACCUUUAUCUCAGACCGUUGUAGUUAACGCUGUGAAUGCAAAUGGAGGUGUUCGCACUCACGGCGGUAGUCCAGAGCGAGCGGGAGAAAGGGAAGCCCUUCUCGGACGGGCAUCGGAACCGUGUUCCCGACGAAGUCUACAUGAUGAGCCACUUGGGCCAAAAACAGUCAAUGGAAACAAUAAUUGCGAGAUGCGUGAGUUAGCGCGAGGAGAAUACCGACCCCUGGCAGCUGAUAGUGCAGCGACUCGAAUCUGA